AUAUCAUAACGCUACAUUUGGUCUUUCGUUUAAUUGGAAUUUGUGCAUUACACCAGCUUUUAGCUUAACACGUUAGCGAAUUAGCAAAGCUAAUCUUCGACUAAUAACACAGUAACGUCAUGGAAACGGAUUCGACUCUCCUGAACGUCGAACUGGAGGAGAUAAAGCAGGAAGAACUUUAUCAGCAACUCUUACUUCAGACUAUGGGAAAAACGCAAAGCGACAGUUCCCCUUGCAAAGUCAUCCGUCCUCAGCCAGGCAUUUGUGUAAAGACCUUCUCUGUGUCAGACAAAAAGAAGGUCUUUCUGAAUAUCUGUCAGUCACAGGCUGUACCACCCCCUCCUCAUCUGUCCCAGGAAGAACUGGUGGAGCUACUGGAGUCGGAAGAUCCCACAAGUUACAGAGUGCCUAUGAGCCUCGGCGAACCCCAUACAGAAAAAGACAACAGUUCACAAGGCUGCACAGUGUAUGAUGUAGUGAUCAAUGAAGAAUUUUUCCAGAAAUGCCAGAAAGACGAACUGUUCCAGCAGUUUCUGAUCGCAGUUUCUUUGGAGGGACUGGAAAACAAAUACAACCUAGAGUUAAGCAGAGAUGUGAAGAUAUUGAAGAACAGAAAGUUUAUGGGUUCUGUAGUAGAGCAAAACAUUCGCACCAAGAACAAACCAGUUAUCCAGGAAAUUAACUCCAAGGAAUCUCACUCAUUGCCUUCAUCAGCCAAGCGCCCAGAGUUUUGUUUAAUGGUUGAGCCCCCAACUGGUAAUGCAGAGUAUGUGAUAGCUGAGGUCAAGCUACCUGGGGUGAUGUCUGCUUGCUCUCUUGUUCUGGAUUUGGGAGAAGACAGGUUAUUGCUUAUUGCCCGACCGUCUCUUUAUCACCUGGAUAUUUUCUUUCCUUUGCUUAUUGACGAAGAAAACAGUGUUGCACAGUACAACACAAAUACGCAGGUGCUCACUGUUACCAUGCCAGUAAUGUCUUCAUAAAAGGUUUAUUGCAACUGUUUAUGCACAAUAAAAUUUUUAUUUUGUACAUAAAGUGUGUUAAGUGGGUGUAUUAUUUACUACAAUGUUAUACUGAUGAGCCAUAAAAUUACGACCACUGUGUGCUGCUGAACCACAAAUCUUUCAAGUUCUCUAGGUUACGAGGUGGAGCUGGCAUGAAUUAAACUGUUUGUUCCAGCAGGUAUGCAUGGAUUAAAGUUUUCCGUCGCUAGACGGAUUUCCGUCAAUUGAAAAAUUAUUAAAUUCACUUUUCAUAAAGACGAGUCGUAUAUUCACCUUUUUAAGUGGGAUGUGAUCAAAGCCUGGAGUGGAGCCAAAUCACGUUCCUCUCUCCACUGUAAGCGUUCUGUAACCACCACGCACCGGAUCCACUCCGGGUUUUCUGGCUGUAUCACGUUAAGCUGAGGUAAAACUUUAUUUCAGCUAGCAUGGACAAACUUUUAAUGCAGGAGGCUCCGAUGUUUUGGAGAUCGAUAAAGGUGUAAAAGACCUGGAGAUUGACUUAGCGAAAUUAUGAAGAUUGGCAAGGCUUUCAGUUCGUGGGCUAAGAAAACCAAAAAGCCAGGUAACUUGCGUGUCUUUGCACAGUAUGACUAGGGGUGCUGUAUUUUGGGGGUAAAUGAUUUCCCCCGUACGUGAUCACCCGCGUCCCGUUUUUGACUGCUGAUCUAACCAGUGGCUGAUACAACGGGUUUGUUAAACUCGUGGGUAAACUUCAUGUGGCGCCACAAGAACCAGGAGGCAGAUGACAUCCAAAUCCCGUGAGAGCGAUUCGAGGAAUCAUAAGAGGAGACUGCUUCCGAAAUGCUCUCGCGGGACUUUGAUGUCAACCACAUGUCGGUUCUUGCAGUUGCAUUUGCGUGUGGUCACAAAAACUUAACAUUUGUACACAUAUUUAAGCACCACAGUUUAAAAACAAGUGAUUUAAGCCAUUCAAAGUCAAACAACAGUGCAAAAUGCGGCCGCUGUUUCUGUGUCAGAUGGGCACGCAAAGUCGCGCAUUCGCUUCUCAUUGUGUGAGUAUUUUUGCCGCUUUAUUGGCCUUAAAUAAACAUAUGCGUCAAAAAUGCAAACAUCCUCAUAUAAACACGGCCAUUUAGGUCUUAGGAGAAAGUAAACAGCAGAAACAUUGCGCACAAAAUAGCACAUCAGCGCUGCCUCUAUUGUAACAUAAUAAUUUGUUGAUAAAGGUACAGUCAUUCAUUUUACAUCUUUCACUAUGGUUACAGAAUGUGCUUAUUGUACUCGAGUUACUCGUUUAGGAUUUAUAUUCAUACAUAACGUUACUGUAUAAGAGCUGUGACUGUAAGCUGUUUUGUGAACAGAACAGACCCUGGAUUAUUUGUUUGUGUACUGAAUAAUAUGAUAUGAAAAAGUUGUAUUUGUUUACAUUAGUAAAUGCAUUAUAUAACAUGAACAAACAAUGAAAAUAUAGAGUAUAUAAGCAUUCUUGUUUAUGUCAUUACAGUAAUUGACGGUAGUUCAUGGUGCAUUCACUAAUGUUAACAGUUUCAACUUUUAUUUAAAAAAAAUAUUAGUAAAUGCUCAAAUUAAUACAUUUACAAUUUAUUAAUUAAUAAUUAAUAAAAGAUUCAUUAAAGGUGGUGAUAUUCAUGUUUUCUUUUUAUAUAGUGAGUUAUUUAGCUGUUUCGCCUUAAUCUGAAAUUCCCUGUAAACUACAGCUACCUAUAUUCUACAGGAGACUUUAAUAUGGAAUUAAUGGCAAAAAAAUCUCCCCUUAAAAUGUUAUUGGUCUCGCCUACAUAAAGUGUAAGUUAAAGGAAUAUGACUUGGCCUGAAAAAAAUUUCAGUCAGAAGAAUUUUUUUCACUUUAAUCCCUGCAUACCACACAUGCUUGCUUGGACUAAGGUCUGGAGAGUUUGAAGACCAGGGCAAUACCUCUUCCUCAUAUUUUUCAAACAUUUCCUGAACAAAUGUGUGCAGUCUGGUGCAUUAUUAGGUUCUAAAAGGCCACCUCUACCAGGGAAAAAGUAUUGCUAUUAAACAGUGUACUUGCAAUCUACAGAUAACAUGCACAUGAAUGGCUGGACCCUGGGCUUCCUGGCAGAACAUUGCCCAGACAUUACACUAACUCGGGUUCAUUUCUAAUCCAUCCAUGGUAGUAUGCCGUAGCUGCUAACACCCUCCAUCUGUCACUGUGCUCAUAUAAAGACACCCCACUGCCCCCCAUUAAUUCACU